CUUUUUUUUUUUUUUUGCACUUUUUUCGAACAUCGAGAUACCUCUCUUUUUCUUUUUUUAUUUAUUUAUGGAUUCUUACCAGACAUUUGUUCUUUGCUCUGUCUUGAUCACUUCUUACGAGCCGCCGACAAUUAUUUCUUUGUGUUUCGUUUCUCAUCUGUAAAUCCCACAAUGGUGUUAAGUUUCAGCUCUGUAAUUUUAGUUUCAGUUUUAAUACUGAGUUAUGGAGUCAACUCAGAACCGGUUCAAGACAAGCAAGCUUUACUUACGUUCCUUUCAAUGGUCAAACAUGAGAACCGGGUUCAAUGGAACUCAUCAACUUCAGCUUGUGAUUGGGUCGGUGUCGAAUGUGAUGCUACACGGUCUUUUGUUUUCACUCUCCGGUUACCUGGUGUGGGACUCGUCGGUUCCAUUCCACCUAAAACGAUCGGUCUUUUGAACCGACUCCGGGUCUUAAGUUUAAGGGCGAACCGUUUAUCCGGUACCGUUCCGGCCGAUUUUUCCAAUUUGACUCUGUUGCGGGGUCUUUAUUUGCAAGAGAAUCAGUUCACCGGUUCGUUUCCGUCUAGCUUGACUCGUUUAACUCGUUUGGUACGGCUUGAUCUUUCUUCUAACAAUUUCACCGGUCCAAUUCCUGUCGGAGUCAACAAUUUGGCUCAUCUGACUGGUCUUUUCUUGCAAAACAACACGUUUUCCGGUUCUCUUCCGGCUAUCAACUCUGACGGUUUAGAUGAUUUCGAUGUUUCUAAUAACAACCUUACCGGUUCAAUUCCCUAUACCUUAUCUAAAUUCCCGGCAUCUUCAUUCGCCGGAAAUAUCGGACUUUGUGGGGGUCCACUCCGGGCAUGUAACCCAACUUACCGUAAAAGUUCCGGGCUUUCCACCGGCGCCAUUGUUGCCAUCGUCGUUGGGUCUGUACUCGUUGCAUUAUUGUUCCUACUAUGCCUCAUUCUUUUUCUUUGUAAACAGCAAAGACGGCCGGAUAGAAAGGAGAAGCCAGUUACGGAAGAGACACGGGCAGCUCCGCCCGCGGAAGCGGGGACUUCGUCUUCUAAAGAUGACGUGACCGGUGGGUCAAUUGAAAGGGAAAAGAAUAAGCUGGUGUUUUUUGAAAGUGGGGUUUACAGCUUCGACUUGGAGGACUUGUUGAGGGCCUCAGCUGAAGUGUUGGGAAAAGGCAGCGUAGGAACGUCGUACAAGGCGGUGCUGGAAGAAGGGACGGCGGUGGUAGUGAAACGGUUGAAAGACGUGGCGGCUAGUAAAAGGGAAUUCGAAAUGCAAAUGGAAAAGUUGGGUAAAAUCAAGCAUGAAAAAGUGGUUCCUUUGAGGGCAUUUUACUACUCCAAAGAUGAAAAGCUGCUUGUUUACGAGUUCAUGCCUAACGGUAGCUUGUCUGCUCUGCUUCACGGUAGUAGAGGCUCAGGCCAUACACCGCUGGAUUGGGACAAUCGGAUUAAGAUAGCAUUAAGCACCGCUAAGGGUCUAUCAUACCUCCAUCUUUCUCAGGUCGCUCACGGCAACAUCAAGUCCUCCAAUAUCCUUCUUGGACCAAACCGCGAAGCUUGCAUCUCCGACUACGGUCUCAACCCGCUCUUUGGCAACACCACUCCGCCUAGUCGUGUUACGGGCUACCGAGCACCUGAAGUGCUUGAAACACGUAAUGUUACGUUCAAGUCUGAUGUUUAUAGUUUUGGUGUUUUGUUGCUAGAGGUGUUAACAGGUAAAUCACCUAGCCAAGCAUCAUUAGGGGAAGAAGGGAUUGAUCUUCCUCGUUGGGUCCAAUCGGUGGUUCGUGAGGAAUGGACAGCUGAGGUUUUCGACGCGGAGUUGAUGAGAUAUCACAAUAUUGAGGAGGAAAUGGUGCAACUGUUACAGAUUGCAAUGACUUGUGUAUCGGUGGUUCCUGAUCAAAGACCUGCCAUGGUAGAUGUGGUACGCAUGAUUGAAGAUCUGAAUAGAGCUGAAAUCGAUGACGGAUUACCACAGUCAUCUGAUGCUAAUACUCCGCCUACCGAAUCAAGGACUCCACCUACAUCCGCCACACCUUAAAAGCAUAAUGUGAAGGAAGAAGAAUUGCCUCAAAUUUGUGUUUGUCUUAUUUUGUUUUUUUAAUUUUUAUUUCGUUUCUUGAGUUUAUUUGCAUAUCAUAAUAUAAUUUUGCACUUAGAUUAGGGGGAUUUUGAAUUGAUUUUGGAAGAUGGAUAGUUUUGUAUAUUAUAUUAUAAUACAUGUUAUGCAAUAUAUUUUAAAAAUCCAUUAUCUAUA